ACCAAACUGUAAUAAAGAUUGUUUAGAAAUUAGUUUCAUUGAUAAUCUUUUUUUUGUUGUAUUAACAUUAAUACUAGUAUUUACUGACCGUGAUUACUAUUAGUUUGUGUUUCCAACUGAUUCCUUUUCAAUUGUAUUUACUAAGCAUCUAAAAUGACAAUUCAACUGGUCAAUAAAUUAUCAUCUCUUAGUUUCGCCGAAACUAAGCAUUCUCGAUUUUUUCGAUUCCCCUUUCGCUAUUAUGUCAUGAUAUUUUCCGCUUUCAGUGGCGCUUUCAUGUUUGCCUCACGGUGUGUCAUCAAUGUUGCCCUUCUUGCCAUGGUUUCAUCAGCAAAAUCAAACUCAACCCAUUUAAUGAAUGAAACAAGCCAAGUUUCCACCAAUUCAGCACCUACAUUCGAUUGGAACCAAGCACAACAAGGAGUGAUUAUUGGUUCCUACUUUUACUCUUACACAGCAAUUCAAAUAAGCACUGGUUUCCUGGCUGAUAAGUUCAAUGUUGUCAGGCUCGGUGCAUUAUCUCAUCUUCUUGCCACUCUGGUUACAUUUAUUAUUCCCUUUGCAGCUAGAGCAAAUUAUAUUCCUUUAGUCAUUUUAAGAAUUCUCUUGGGUUUCAUCCAUGGUCCAACUUUUCCCUGUUUGUAUAUACUCUUUGAAAAAUGGUUUCCACCGCAAGAGAAAGCAUUUGCUCAGGCUAUAAUGACUGUCGGAACAAAUGUUGGUGUUGCCUUUGUAAUGCCCAUAACUGCCUGGCUUUGUAAUAACGGGUUUGCCGGAGGAUGGCCAUCAGCAUUUUACUGCAUGGGUUUGGCUAAUUUGGUAUUCACAAUUUUAUAUUUCACAACGAUCACUGCUAAUCCAGAUAAAAGCCCUUUCGUCAGUGAGGAAGAAAAAAAAUUCAUCUCGGCCAAUGUUAUCAAAAUACCUAAAAGAAAAGUUAAAGUUCCUUGGAAAUCAAUGUUUCUAUCACUUCCUUUAUGGUCAGUGACCAUUGCUCGAGGAAUAAGUUCCCUUGGUUAUCAUACAGUAAAUUCAAAAAUACCUCUUUAUUUGGAAACUAUCCUGGGUUAUCCUCUCCAAGGAAAUGGUUUAAUCAAUUCCGCGUUUUACCUUGCUGAAGCACUGGGUCAAUUCAUAAGUGGUCCUUUAUCCAAAUUCAUAGCAACCAAAGGUUAUCUCAACCUAACUGUGACCAGAAAACUCUUUGAAAGCAUUGCUCUUCUUGGACCAGCUUUAUUUUUAUUAAGCAUUCCCUUAUUAUCUGGUAAGGCUGAAAUCAUUGUUCUUGGCCUAAUAUUGACAAUGUUUACCAUGGGAGCUACUUCUGGAGGUGAUAUUCCCAUUGUUCCUGAAAUGGCUCCAGGUGUUGUUGGAACUGUUUUUGGAUUUGCCAAUACAAUCUCGUGUGCUAGCGGUUUCCUUGCCCCAAUGACGAUUGGUUAUAUUAUUGGUGAUGAGAUCUUUUCAGUAUCUAAAUGGAAUACUGCAUUCUACUUUUUCGGUGGUUUACAAGUUAUUGGCGCCGUAUUUUUCACAUUAUUUGCAACCUCAAAACCUCAAUCAUGGGCACUCGUUGAGAAUACAACAAAAGUUAAAAAAUGUCAACCAAAUAAUACAUUGAAUGUACAGACUAAUUCAAAUGAUGCCAACAAUAAUCAAACUGGAGAAGCAGUUGAAAUGGGUGAUAAAUCAGUUGUUGGUUCCAAUGAUAAUGUAUGAGAAAUUUAUUUCAUGGUCAAACGAGUUUACAAGUAAUUCAUGUUAUCCAUUGUGAUCCAUUUUUCGCUAUAUCUGAUGUCCCGGAGUUUGUUGUAAUAGUUUUUUGUUAUUUUGUUGUGAUCGAUCUAACAAUUACAUCAACAUGAACACUCUCAGCUGAUGCCAGUUAUUCAAUUCAUUCAUCUUAUCAAGAAAGCACCUAUUGAACACAAUAACUAUAACCGCACUUCGCAUCUCCAAAUCACAACGAACUCGCAAAACAUUUAAUCAUCUAAAUUAAUCAACAUCAUUCAUGGUCACUGGUAAAUUACCUUUCAUGGGAUUUAGACGGUAAAUUUACCAGUUGAAAUCAAUUUUAUUUUCAAACAAUUGCCUGAUUAGUAUUACUCGUCUGUUGAUAUUUGCCAUAUGUACAGAGGUUAAUUGAUGUCUAGUUUUUUUAUGGCGAUAAGUUUCAAUUGAAUUCAAUUUUUCCCUUCACUAUCAAAUUAUGAUGCUCAUUGGAAUGGUUGAAACACUCAAUAUCUCAGCAAUCAUUUCCUACAAAUCAAGAGCAACAAUCAAGUUACCCAAAAGUAAUGGUUUAUUAAUUAGUGAAAUAUUACUCUCUCUCUCUCUCUACCUUGUAUUAUUAUUAUUUAAUCUCACCCUUUAAACACUACAUUCCCAGCUAUCAUCAAUCAAUUGUCCCAGUUAACCAUGGAAAAAAAGAGACCAAACAAGAUAAUAUUAUAGUUACCAAUUUUCAUUUUACGCUCUAGAUUAACCAGAUUUAGUUUCAAUUUGAAGCCAUUUAUUUCACUAAACCCAAAGCUGCAUAAUUUAAUAAUAAAAUUGUGUAUAUUUUUUGGUAAAAAAAGGAAAGCAUUUAAGUUUAGCUAAUAGUUUCAACUGAUCUCUUUAUUUCACUAAUCAACUUGAUUGUUGUUUUACCCUUGUUUCUCUGAUUCAAAGCAAUUAUCAAACCCUUUAAAUUGUUGAUAUUAAAUCCAAAUGAAACUUGUCUUCACAAAAUCAUGCCAUUAAAUUAAUCCAACAGCAAAUACAAUCAACUCUUUUCCUAACAACCUUACAAUGUAAAUCACCAUUCUACCAUUUAAUCAUUGUAAUUAUUUCUAGUCAUACAAUAAAAAGCUCAAUUGUAAAUUAUCAA